ACGUGUGGGCACUUGUGUUGUGUGGAUUCAUUCUUCAGGGUCGUGUUCUCACCUCGUGUCCUCAGGCUGUCAACCAUGCUUGGCCCAUUGUCUACACAAGGGCUAAUUCUCUCUACUCUAUUGUUGACCCAACGCCUCCUAAUGACAACCGAGCAUCACUACUUCGCAGUGCAACACAAGUUAAAAAGCCAAUUAGUGAGAGAGAUAUUUACAUGAAUCUAUGGCGAAAUUACGUUGUCCUGGCCUGCCGUGUGGUGCCGGCAAUCACCAAGACACCGGUCAUCAGAUGUGCUUCCCCAGACAUCAGUUUAGGAUCGUCACCAGAGAGUGGAGCGAGUGGUGAGAGGGGGGGAGAACGCCCUUACCCCGGCUACUCUGUUUCCCCCCUCUGCUUGUACAAGCUGCUUGUGCCUCUCCUACGCUGUGACAGCUCCGACAUGCGAGAGGCUGUCACACUUGCUCUUGGCAAGAUUAGCCAUUUUGCGCUCAGUGACUUGAUGGAAGAACUCUUCCCCUAUAUACGCGAGAGCAUUGACCGUAAGCAGGAAAACAUGCGUCGGCGGCGACGAAGAGAUGCCCUUAGGGUGACAUUGGUAAAACUAUUUGAAAUGAUUGCUGAACAAGGCACCUUUGCUCUCAGUGAGAAUGUAAUUGAUGGAGACACAGGAACUCUACUGAAGCGAUACCUGGAGUACAUGGAUGGUGCUCGUCUCUACUUGGAGAGUGAGAAUGACAAGGAUAACACACUCCUGCAGAUCAAGACGCACUUCUGCCAUUUUGUCCGUAAACUCAUUGGCAGCUUCUCAUUGGAACAAAGGCAGAUGCUAAUUCCUCGAAAUCUGCGAAAAGGCCUCUUUUACCUUUUUGCUUCAUGGAGUGGAGUUUUUGGAGCACCAUUUGGAUACAAGAGCCCAGAUUCAGGGAACCGUCAGCCAUCAGAGUUUGAACUGUGUGCUCUCCACGCGUCAAGCGCUGUACUCUGCUGCGGUCCCUCUUUUGACCCGCAACUCUUAGCAGAUGAUGGCCACAUUUACCAGUGGCUCGAUGCCCUUCUUGGAUCUCAUGAUGAAAAGAUAAAGAACAAGGCCAAGAGAGUGGUGGUGUAUGUGGGGCGUGCCCGCCCUGACCGCCUGGUGGAGGAGCUGAUGGCGGAGAUGGCCACUGUGGAGACCCUCAACUGUGUCAUAGAGCGCACCGAAACUCCUCCCUUCUUCAGACUCACUUCCAUGCGUAAAACGUCCUCCCAUGGCGAGGGUGGCGGUGUGGGGGGUAGCGGGGCGCCACAGGAGCAGACGCCCUCCGAGCGGGGCACCUUACACACAAAGCGACAUUCCGGAGAUCAUCAUGACCUUCCCAGAGAGAGAUAUUCCCCACUAGUUUCAAGAGAACAACGCAGUGCUCCGGGAUCAUUGCGUAGUGUGUCCAGUGUCGGGUCUGGAGUCUCCAGUGUCAUUGCUGUGGAUAGUUCCGCUGCAGCGUCAACAGCAGCAACCACAGCAAUUAAUGUCAAGUCCCGACCCAACUCCUCAUUGGCUCCUAACUCCUUAACAUCUAAUGUGCAGGAGGAUCUCAACCCAAAUGGUGUUGAGGCUGCCAUUCCACAAGAGGAUAACUUUGCAGUGCUCAGAGCUCAGAACACUAACACAAGCGGGGCUCCUGGGGUAACAGGGGGAAGCACAGCAGCAGCAGCAGGCAUAGAUGACAUUAGCGAGCGAUAUGAACCACCCCAGCCGCACCCACUGCCAAUGCCAGAAUAUGGAGGUUACUUUGCACCACUUACUGAGUACUUGCCAGAUAGUUCUCAGCCUAUCACUGCAUUUCAUAGAUGCAACUUAGCUGUGAUGUUGAUCUGUGAUGUGAUAGUAGCUGGGAUUGAUGUUGAUUGUCACAGUGUUGACUGGUCCAUCCAUGUGCCUCUCAUGCUGCAUAUUAUCACCCUUGGGCUCGACCACUCCAGGCCACUCGUACAUCUACACUGCAAAACGCUGCUUAUUCACCUCUUAACGGUCGUUGCUGACCACCGAGAUCACCUGGGCGUUGCAAGAGUUCUGCUCAACAACAAGACGACUAUGCUUGGUUAUGGACUUAUCCCUAAUAACAUAUUUACUCAUAACAAGAACUUCACUGAGGAACCUCCAACAGAUCCAGCAUUGCCGAUAGUGGCUGCACCUCCAGGAUUUGAGAACCCACCUGAUACCGCUAGUGAAUGUGAUGGAGGCGCUCCUGUUGAACUACUAGAUGACCACGGGACUAACCCUGUCAUCGUCACCUCGGAUGACAAUGCUGAUACUGUUUCUGGUUCCUCAGCCACGGGCGCCGAGCACGUUCCUCAGGAUGAUCUCCAGUAUAGCAUUAUGGCCCUUAUAGAUUUUAUAGCUUCCAGUAAGAACCAAGCUCUUUGGGCUUACGAAGACAUCACCUCAAAGCAGUUCUCUAUUAGAAGUGCCGAACAGCUUGCCAACUUCGUUCGACAUGUCGUUACGGUGUUCAGUCACUCCUUACCUCAUACUCACAUUGAAGAGCGGUGGGCCCAGAUUGCCUUACACCUGGCACUCUCCUGCUCCUCUCGACAUUAUGCCGGACGAUCCCUUCAAGUGUUUCGAUCACUACACGUGUCGAUGUCAUCGCGCAUGCUGAGUGAUCUGCUGGGUCGCCUGGUGGAAACAGUGGCUGAACAAGGAGAAGAUAUGCAAGGCUAUGUCACCGAACUGAUGCUCACCCUUGAAUCUGCCGUUGAUGCAUUAGACUCUGACUUCCGGUGUUACACCUCUAUAUCUUAUGGCCGAGGCAAACCAAUGGCCUCACCAACCGCAGACAUCAAAGUUCAACCUGAAAUGCGAGGGAGGAGUGGGACAGACGUGGACACACGCAUGAGGCAGCAGCAGCAGCAACAGCAGCUUCAGCAGUCCAGUAACCUGUCGAGGUCCCGCUCUGCUCAGUCCCUGAAACAGUUGGCAGACCAGAGUUCAGCCGAUGAUAAGAUGACUGUUUUAGCACAGUUCUUUUGGAUUGCAGUAUCAAUGCUGGAGUCUGACUACGAGUACGAGUUUAUUUUAGCAAUGAGGUUGUUAGACAAGGUGCUAGCUCGUCUCCCUCUUGAUCGACCAGAUUGUCGAGAUAAGGUGGAGAAGUUGCAGCAACAGCUUAAGUGGAAGGAAUUCCCCGGGGUUCAUGCUCUGCUACUCAAGGGGUGUACAAGUACAACAACGUACGAGCCCACAAUUACUCUUCUCUCUCGAUUCACACAGCUCACAGAUUUAAUAGUUGUCGACCCAAGCCAGAGUCGUGCAUUUGCCAUCAAUGUGAUUGCUUUGCUCCCAUACAUGUUGCAGAACUAUGAAGAUGCCAAUUCCCUCUGUAUACAGGCAGCAGAAAAUAUUGCACAGGUUUGCAAUGAGAAAGGAAAAGAGCUGGAAAAUCUAGCAACUGUUAUGACUUUGUACAGUCGCCGCAACUUCAGCAAGGAAAGCUUUCAGUGGACGAAAUGUGUUGUUAAAUACCUCCAUGACUCGUACGCAAAUCUUUCACUAAGUCUCAUGGCAUUUCUUGUUGAGGUACUGGAGAAGGGUCCUACAAGUGUACAGAAUCCAAUACUAAAUAUCCUCCAUUGUAUGCUUCAUUAUAUAGACAUGAACACAGCAGCUGCUCAACUGGUUAAUGGAGAUUUGCUGAGGGUUAUUGCUAAAUAUAUUGAGGGUUCACACUGGAAAGAAGCCCUUAGAAUUUUAAAAAUGGCUGUGACUCGUUCCUCAUCACUUGUGGUGCCUCCAGCUUCAUCCCAUACACAUUACUGGGACCACCAUGUCUUUGCUGACAUUGAAUCACAUUUCAAAAAGGAAUUGCCAGGACGCACUAUGGAAUUUACUUUUGAUGUCAAUCAGACGCCUAUAAUUGGUCGUCGCUACUUGAAGGGCUCAGGAGUAAUAGUUCUGCCUAGCCAGGCAAGUGCCGGCUCGUCCACCGUCAGCUCUGCCACUGGUGAAAGUCUGCACGAUCAAGAGCAGGACCGAGAGAGCAACGAGGUAAAUGGUUCAAUAGGAAUUGAUGGAGCAGAGACAGCCUCUCCUCGCAGGAGCCUUUCACUCUCUGCUGCGGACACCAGUCAUCUCGCUGGCUGGAAACGGCCUUGGUUGUCACAGGCCCGUGCUCGGGAGUGUUUGGUAAACCUACUCAACACAUGUGGUCAAAGAGUUGGACUGCCAAAGUCUCCUUCGGCUGUAUGGGUAUCUGUACUAACUCAGCAUGAGACUCAUAAACAGGAUGGCAACAUCAACAAGGUCAUAUUCAGCCAAAGCUCGGAGCUGGAGAGGCAGUCGUCUAUGGCCUCCUCCACAGAAGAGGUGUCGGUGGCUCCUGGUGAUACAGUUAAUGACCGCACUGCAGACGACAUGACUUCUUCUGAGAAACAGUUUGCUGUAUUCAAGGACUUCGAUUUCUUGGAAUAUGAACUGGAGAGUCAAGGUGAGGAGAGUGUGGACAACUUCAACUUGUGGGGCGUUCGUCGUCGAUCACCAAGCAUCCUCGGAGAUAUUGACCCUUCCAGCCACGUGGACGACAUCCACAGUUCCGAACUGAUUCCCGCUCACGGUAAGAAGCCCACUCCCCCAGCCGAUCACGAGUGGUGGGAGGAAGAGGGGUCAGUCUCCCCCGUGGAUGAUCCGACAUUGGGUGGCGGUGAGCGGUCAACAGUGCCUCACGCUCGCCACGCUCAGCCCGCUGCUGCUAGUACUGUCAUGCCACCCAAGCUCACUCUUGACACAUCUGCUGCACGCCGGCCUGCUUCACCCACAUCAAUGUCCGAUCACAGUGAAAGCAGCGAUGGUGAUCUUGGGGAUAUGACUCCAUGUAACGCCUCCCCAAGCAUAACUGCCAUGUUGUUCCGCCCUAUUCGGCAACCUAAUGAUUUAGAGGACACUUGGCGUGCACACCUGUUGUCUCUCAUGGCUGCCGACUCGCCCAUUCUCCACCCAACUAGAACGUGCACACUCUUCAACACUGUGUUUUCUGAGAGUGUGGCCAAGUUCAUUGAGGUGGUGAGCGACAGUAGCCAAUACCUGACUGAGAGUGGAGACACGAUGCAAACCUACGCUGUCUUCCUCCAGCAUUUGGAGGGAGUGGGAGGCCUUGCACCCGUUGCCUAUGUGUAUGCGGAUGCUGCGUUGCUGGCAGUCACUCAGCUGACUCAGAGAUUUAGGUCAACGUUCAUAGCACUUCAUGAACAUCUUGACACAUACCUUGAUAAGAGAGAAAGUGCCAAUGUGUGUCUCGAUGGCAUCAAAUCAACGCUGAAGCUACAAACUCUAGGUGAGAGCCUGCGCGACGUGUGCGCAGACGAGCAACACAUUGAUUUGUGUCGCUGCCUCUACAAACUGCACUUCCAGCUCUCCUUGCUCUAUGAUACUUACACCAAGCUUUUAGUGACCUUGAUUCAUGCUGCUAGGACUGCACAGGCAAGUGACCACAGUGUUGAGCUGAGCACACUGCAAGGAAAGCUUGUAGCUGCUGUGGAACAGUUGGAUGCCACACCUCCCACCACACCAACACAAAGCUCAGUGUCUCUCCCACCUGAGCGAGAACUGCCAGAGGGAGAAGAGGGAGAAUGUGAGAGUGUUGGCGGAGAAGAGAGUGAAGUAGGAAGUGCCUGCGAGAGCAGUACAAGUCAAACUGAAGGUGGAUCUCCAGUUAGCUCUUCCUCAUUAGGUUCCCAAUCAUUAGAACUUCCAGUGCCACAGCCAACCUCACAACCUGAAGCUGACCUUCAGUUGUUGCAACUUGUAGCGGACCAGAGGUGGGUGGGAGCAGUACAGUUUGUUCGGCAGUAUCGUGCUCUAUGGCAUCACGAAGCGUGCCCCUCCCAUACUCUUGAUGACAUAACAGUUAUCCUCAACACGUACUGUGCAUAUCUUGCUGACAAGAAACCAGGUAUGAUUGCAGUGUGUGGAACAGAAGCAGAACUUGGAGAAACAAGCUUUCGUCUAACAGAGGCCAACAUGUGUGCACUCUCAGCUCUGAGAACGAUUGAACAAGCUCCUAAGCCAACUAGAGAUUCUAUGGACUCGGUUAUUCGUAAAACAGAAUGCUAGAGACAGAACUCUUGCUACCCAGGCUGGAAUUCUUAGUUCAAAAUAAUUGUCUGCCAUACAUUAAAAACAUAAUAACAAUAUUGUGACUGAUGAAAAAUUUGUGCUGUUUUUACCCUGGAUGUUACGUAUCUUAUGUAUUCCAAAAAACAUAACUAAGAUUUCUUGUUUAUCAGUGCUCCUACAUAGUUAUAAAUGUCUUGUAACAGUAUUAUCUCACGAAGCCCAGAAGCAAACCCAAUGUGAUUAUCAUAGUGGACUUUGCUAGCUGCAUCACAGACAUGUUUAGACUUAAUCGGUGUAUGUAUAUAUACAGGAGGUCCCCGACUUAGGAUGAUUCUAGUUUCGAUAGUUGCCACUGUUUCCUUUGCUUUGAUUUUUGUUUGUUGUAACUCAGAAGUGAUGUGGAACCUGGAAUCAAUAAUAAAUAUACUUUAGUAAAAAGAUGCUUAGUAAAGGCUGAUAAGAGAAAAAUGGUGGUGGUAGCAAAUCAGGGCCAAGAAAGAUAAAGAGCUGUAAUAUUAACAGUGAAACUAGACAUAAUAAUACACUCAAAGACAUGAGGAAACAUUAAUCCAGAUUACACAUAUAUUGUGCACUAAGCAAAUCACCCGACAAUAAACAUCAGCAUCAAAGAAUUUUAGAACACACAAUGGGGUUCAGCACGAAUAAAUUCAACCAUAACCAAAGAACACAGUUAUUUAAUGUAAAGCUGGAGUUAUUAUCUACCUAUACAGCCAUCUAUAUCACAUAUAUCAUCUAUAUACUUGAACCUCUCUCCUCAAUAAUUAUCAAAUCCAGUAUGUAAGGCAACUCCAACAUUCCUACAGAUCAAUUUAUGAAACAUUGUAAGUGGGGGGACUCCCAGUAUAUGAUUAAAUGAUAUAGAAUCUCAUUUAAAUUUAUCUUAAGCUUCGAUGUGACUUGUGUACUGUAUUGUGAUCUGACUGUAUUUUCAACAUCAUUUAGUUUGCAUUAUUGAUCAUAAUAAGUUUUAUGUACAAAAAUUGUCAAGUGCUCCAACAUUAUAGUGACCUAAUUAAUGUUAAAAUAAUUAGAGUACUGUACGUAUAGUAUACCAGAACAUGUUGACAGUUAUUUUAUUUUCAUACAUUUAAUUAUUUUAAUCUGAUUUUUACAAAUAGUUCAUCCAUUACUUGUUUUAAGUAAAGUCUGUACCACAUUUA